CCUUAUCCAAGGGAAUGUACUCCAAUAAAUCAUAAGUGUGAAAAUGGCUGCCAGAAGGGCCGUUGGGGUUGUUUCGGACCAGGUCAAACGAAAGACAUUCUUACGGCGGAAUAUCCCAGCUGGAAAAGCAACACCAGCACCACCACUGGGCCCAGAGCUUGGUCAGAUGCAAGUUCAGAUUGCAGCCUUUUGCAAAGAUUUCAAUGAAAAAACAGCCCACCUGAAACCAGGUAUCCCGAUACCUACAGAAGUCAAUGUCAAUCCUGAUAGAAGCUUCAACAUCGCAUUUCUGAAGCCACCAGUGAGCUACUUCUUACUGCAGGCAGCGGGGAGCCAGAAAGGUGCCACAAAGCCAGGUCAACAAACAUGUGGAAUUAUUACACUGAAGCAUGUUUAUGAAAUUGCAAAAAUAAAAAGUGAAGAUCCUGCUUUUGCCACCUACACUUUGGAGCAAGUCUGUAAUUCAAUCAUAGGUCAAGCUCAUGGAAUUGGAAUUAAGGUUGUAAAUAAUAUAAGUGAGCCGCUGGAUGUGGAAGAAUUGAGAGAGUUCAAAGUGCAAAGAGCUCUGGAAGUUGAGGAGGAAGAGAAAGAACUUGAAGAGCUGCGAUUGUCGAAGAUGUUGAGAUUGUAAUGUUUGUUUUAAGAUAAGUUUGUUGUGAUAUAGGUGUGCUUGCGUAUGUUGAAACUUCUGUGAAUGAAAUAGGCAAUGAGUGUCAGGGAUAUUGUUGUUUUUAAUAUUUCAUUUUUACCUCCAGAAUGAGAUAAGGAUGUGUCUGUAUGUUCUAGAAAUGCUGUGUGAAUUGGAGGGGAAAUGGCAUGACAGUGUUUUAAAAAAGAGUCGAUGUGUGAAAAUGAAUCAAAGAUGAAGAAUUUACAGAAUGGUAUUUCAUGAAUUCAUUUAUGUAGACUACUUUAUAAAAACAUAGUCCUAUUUGCUUUCUCUGAAUGUUUUUCUGUGAAUGUAAGGGAAAAUAGAUAUAGACAUCUAUUUCAUGGAAGCAAAUUCAAUCUUUAGGAAAAAUAUGGACAAUUUUUCUGCUUUCACAGAUAUCCUAGUUUAGCAUUUUUGUGCUAAGUUGACAAAUAAUUGACUAGGGCAAAAAGUUCUGCUGAGUUGUUACUGUCUGGUUUUGAGUGAAUCUAUUGCCUACACAUGGACAAUAAAAAGUGAUUGCAGUUGUGUAACUGUAAGUUUCUCUGUUUUUAAGCCUCAUCGUUUGUGUGAAUAUUUAUUACUUGUCAAAUAAUGCAUGUUGGUGUUCUUCAGGUUCUAACAUAUAUUUAAAUGCAUUGCAUUUGUAAAAGUAAAAACACAUAAAUUAAAAUUUAAUAAACAAAGAGCUAUAAAGAU